AUGGUAGAGACUUUUCCGUCGUAUCAUAGAACUACAGAUGCUUCAUCUGUGGAACCGUUAUGCAACUUAUCUGGAAAUGUAGACCAAUCGAUUACGUUGCAACUCCACCUUAGUAAUCAUUCAAUCGAAGCGUUUUCAUAUUUUGAUCAACGACAACAAUUCACCGAAGACUUAUCCCAAGGCUCAAUAGAAUUUCUUUUGUCCCAAAUUUUGAAGCAUGUUCUAUCUGGUCUUCCAAAAAAUGAGCAAGCAAAACACCAAAUGAUUCAAAUCUGUAAAGAACAUUACUGGAGAAAUGCAAAAGAAAUAAAACGAAUUGAAGAAUUUGAACGGACGUAUCAAUCAAGAGACGCAAUCCGAUGGUAUUCGAAACAAUGCUUUGCUUAUGAAUUAAUUGAUAGAGCAUUGAGAACAAAAGAUAUUGAACUUCUCUACAAAUUGCAUCCUUUCGUUUUUGAUCUCUCCAACAGUCUUAAACGUGAAUACAUGAAAUCAUUUUCGUCAACAAAAGGCGUUUUGAAUGUUUAUCGUGGAGUACAACUUGAGAAACAAGAAUACGAAAAAUUGAAAAAAAACCGAGAAAAUGUGAUUUCAACCAAGGGAUAUUUAUCAACAACAAGACUGAAAUCGAAGGCAGAAAACUUUUGUAAUAAAUCAACAAAAAGCCGUAACACUAUUCCUGUUCUUUUUCAAAUUGAAUGCUAUCUAGAACAAGGAGAUGAAAAUACUGUUUUUGCUGACAUAACUCAAUUUACGGUUGACCAAGAAGUUUUAUUCGACUCAAAUGCUUGCUUUAAAAUUAAUUUUAUAGAAGAAACUGAAACAUACGCAACAGUAAAAAUGAACGUCUCAAACGCAGGGCAAACCGUUGUGAAGGAAUAUCUUGCAUUCACAAAAAAAGAAACUGGAGAAGACAAUGUUAAGAUUCUUUUUGGAAAAUUAUUAUGCAGUUUAGCUGAAUAUGAUAAGUCGAAAAAGUACUUUGAAUUGUUAUUCAAUGAUUCCAAUGCCGAAGAUCUUGGACGAAUUGAAUACCAUAUUGGCCGAGCACUUUAUAUGAAAGGUCAAUUGAAUGAAGCUCGAAAAUGUUAUCAACGUGCGUAUGACGAUAUGCAAUACAAGAAACAAGAACGAACGAUACAUUUUGCUCAUCUUCUGAACAACCUUGGUAUCGUAUCAUCCGAUGAAAAUAAAUUCAAUGACGCACUUGGUUAUUAUCUACGAGCAUUGGAAAUCAAAGAAGAAUUAUAUCCGAAUGAUAAUGUUGAUAUUGCUCGUAGUCUCACUAACAUUGGUAUUACUCUCGGUGAUCAAGGAAGGCGCGAUGAAUCUCUCUACUAUUAUCAACGAGCAUUGAGGAUUUACGAGACGUCUCUUCCAGCUGGACACAUUGACAUAAUUUCCAGUCGCAGCAUAAUUACUGAAAUUCUCAAGCAUCAAGAAAAACACGACGAAUCGUUCCGUCGUCCGCGACCAGCGCAUUUGGCUAAUCAGAGUAUCUGUUCAACUGGACCCUUUGGCAUAAUUCCCAGUCUCAGUUCCAGAAGUGACAAUCCGGAAAAUCGCCGCAAGGCAGAUGCGUCGUUACAUUAUCCACAACGAGCUUCUACAAGUAAUCAGACAAUUCCUUCGCCAAACCGACCUGCUGUUCACCCAGGUCCCGGUCAAAUACGGGAGACUAUGGAACAUAGCGAAAAACACGACGAAUCGUUUCGUCAUUCGCGACCAGCUCAUUUGGCUAAUCAGAGUAUCUGUUCAACUGGACCCUUUGACAUAAUUUCCAGUCUCAGUCCCAGAGCUGGCAGUCCGGAAGACCGCCGCAAGACAGAUGAAUCGUUACAUUAUCCUCAGCGAGCUUCUACAAGUACUCAAAGAAUUUCUUCGGCAGAGCGACCCGAUCUUCUAUUCAGUGGCAGUCGCAUGAGUGAGCUUGCUAGAGGUCACGAAGCUUAUGAGAAGCCUAUAGUUUUCCAUCAGCCAGUAUCGGAAACACAACAAAGAGCAUAUUCAUGCAGCCAUAUAGAUACUAUUGAUUAUUGCAACGCCCAAGGUAAUAUUCUCUACAAUGAAGGGAAAUACGAGGAAGCUCUUGAACAUUAUGCACAAGCACUGCAAGCUCAAGAUAAACUUUAUCCACAUGGCCAUGUGAAUGGUGCGGAAAUUUUCGACAGCAUUGGCAAAAGUUUCAAUAAACAAGGAAAGUACAAUCAAGCGCUCAUGUAUCACGAACGCGCGUUGCAAGUACAAUAUAGAUUCCGUCCAUGUGAUCAUAUCGAUAUUGCUGAAACUCUCGAUAAUAUUGGGAACGUUUUGUCGGUUCAAGGACGCUACCAUGAGGCUAUUGAUCGUUAUCAUCAUGCAUACACAAUUCGGCAAAAGUUGUGUUCAGUUGGAGAUAUUUGUGAUUCUGUAAGUCUGGACAACAUAGCUAGCAUUCGUCGAAUAGAAGGAAACUACGAUGGCGCUCUCUAUUGCUUUGAGCAGGCAUUGGAAAUUCGUAAAAAAACUUACAGAAGUGAUCAUGUCGAUAUUGCUAGAAGCUAUAAUAACAUUGGCAUCACUUUUCUUGAUCAAGGAAAAUAUGAUGCAGCAUUUGAUUAUCACCAGAAAGCAUUACAAAUGCAAGAGAAAUUAUGUGCAGUUGAACCUGUUAGUUUUGCUGAAACUUGGAAUAAUAUGGGACAUAUUCUCUCUAAGCAAGCCAAAUACGACAAAGCUCGUGAGCAUUAUCAACGAGCAUACGAGAUUCUUACGAAAUAUUAUUCAUCUGGUCAUGUCUGUGUUGCUCAAAGCUUAGACAACAUUGGCAAUACUCUUGAAAGUCAAGGACAGUACGGUAAAGCUCUCGAAAAUUACCAAAGAUCGUAUGAAAUUCGUAAAAAUUUUUAUCCACCUAAUCAUUGUGAUGUUGCCGAAAGUCUUAACAAUAUCGGUAAUACUCUGUCGAAUCAAGAAAAGUAUCAUGAAGCUGAGAAUUGCUAUCAACAAGCAUUGAAUAUUUAUGAAAGCUUUUAUCCUCCUGGUCAUGAAGCAACAGCUACAUGCCUCAACUGUAUUGGCAAUAUUCGUUUCUCUCAGAGUAUGUACGAUCAAGCUCUCGAAUAUUAUCAUAGAGCGUUGCAAAUUUACGAAAAGUUUUAUCCAUCUGGUCAUGUCAAAAUAGCAACAAGCCUAAUAAAUAUUGGGAACGCCCUCGCCUAUCAAACAAAGUAUGAUGGAGCUCUCAAUCAUUGUGAACGAGCAUUGGAUAUUUAUGCGAAGUUUUAUCCAGCUGGUCAUAGUGACAUUGCGUUAAGCCUCAAUAGCAUCGGUAACAUUCUCCACAAGCAACAGAAAUACGAUAAAGCACUCGAGUAUUGUCAGCAAGCUUUGAGAAUAAGAGAGGCGUUUUAUCCAGAAGGCCAUUGGCAUGUUGCACAAAGUCUGCAGAACUUAGGCACAAUUCUAAUUGAUUUAGGUAAUCUCGAUGAAGCUCUGAACUCCCAUCGACAAGCAUUGACAAUUCUAGAGAGAGUUUUCUCUCCUAGUCAUAUCAAAAUUGCUCGUUGUUGCUGUCAUAUCGGUGAUAUUCUUAGUGAGCAAGAAAAGCUGGAUGAAGCUCUCCACGCAUUUCGACAGGCAUUGGCAAUUUUUCAGCAGCUUCAUCCAACUGGCAAUGUUGAUGCAGCAAAUACUCGCCGUAAGAUUAAUAAUAUUCUCAAUAGACAAUGUAAACACAAUGAUAUUGUUGGCCUGCCAUGUCGAACAGCCGAACCUAGAGAUUGGCUCUUCAGGUCAAGUAAAGUUUGA